UUUCGCUUCGAUAACCAGUUGACACCAGGCAUGGAUUGUACUGUAUCGUUUACUGAGGGCAAGUGUGCCUAUGAGGCUAUCAGAUCGAGAUUUGGGCGUAAGUGUGUUGAAGAAGACAAGACCUUGUGUGAGCGCGAACAUCUGUCGGUGGUGCACGAUACCGAAUUGCCAGGCUAUGCGUGUGUUCUUAAACUGACUAUGCAUCCUUGUGACGGGUAUGUUAGGCUCACAUCUGGCAUCUAG